UCAUACCAAUGUCAUCCGAUUCACAAUUUCCCCCACCGUUAUGGAGAAUCAUCGCCGGCAGAAAGCACAUUCCACCGGAGAUAUGUUCACUUUUCCCGCCAUUUCACAAGACAUUGACUUCGAUUCGGAGUUAGCCGAUCAAUUGUUCUCCAAUGGCAAGUUCCUCCUUCACGCUUUUCCUGUUCAGCCAGCGAGUUUCUCAAUUCCGAGAUCCACGAUUUUGAGCAGAACCAGUAGUAUCAGCAGCAAAGGAUCGUUGAUGUCUUCUCGAAGUAAUAGCACAAACAGUCGCAGCAGUAGCAGUAAUAGUAGUUGCAGCAGCGCGAGAACAAGCACUAGCGAAGGUUCGUAUCGGAGGAAGUUAUCGUCGAUCAAUCAAGCCAGAUCUGUUGAAAUCAAAACGAAGAGCAACACGAGCGGUAGAUUUCCGAAAAAGGAAGGUCAAAAUCGACAGUAUUGUAACAGUUAUGGCCGUUCUCAGAGAUGGCAGUUUAUUGCGCCGGUUCCGGUGUUGAAUCGCCGGAACUCUUUGAAGAAAAGGAAGGGAGGUAACGGGAAGCAAGACUGUGGUGUUAGAAAAGGGAUUUGCCGGAGGUUUUUGGGGUGGCUUGUGUCGACAUGCCAAGAGUGCCAUGCGAUUGAACCUUCAAAGAGAUUGAAAGUGAGUAUGUGAUUACGAUAAUUUCUUAUUAUUGCUUGAUUCUCUCUUUUGAUAAUUCAUGGUUUGAUUCUGUGAUUCAUGUCGUUUCUUUUCUUCGUCUAAAUUUGGGUUUUGAGUUUGAUUAUUGCAAUGGAAUUAUUCAACCUG